AUGAUUCAACUGGCGUCUGCUGCAGUGUCCUUCUUCUUUUUCUUUGCUACUGUGUUUGUGGGCGGGGCUGGACACCCCUUUUCUGGCCGUGAGGUUCCCAUCUCGAAUGGUUCUGGCUUUAUAAUAAGUAGUGAUGGCCUGAUAGUGACAAAUGCCCAUGUGGUCGCCAACAAGCGUGGUGUUCUUGUCAAACUGACCAAUGGUGAGACUUACAACGCCACAGUUCAGGAUGUGUACCAGGCUGCAGACAUCGCCACCAUCAAAAUCAAUGUUAAGAAUCCUUUACCAACGUUGCGUCUUGGCAAGUCAUCUGAUGUGCGUCAAGGUGAAUUUGUGGUUGCCAUGGGGAGCCCCUUUUCUCUUAAAAACACCAUCACAUCUGGAAUCGUCAGCUCUGCUCAGAGAGGCAGUAAAGAACUGGGUCUCUCCAACUCCAACAUGGACUACAUCCAGACGGACGCUACCAUAGAUUUUGGAAAUUCAGGAGGGCCUCUCAUACACCUGGAUGGUGAGGUCAUCGGCAUUAAUACCAUGAAAGUGACAGCAGGGAUUUCCUUCGCUAUUCCCUCAGACAGAGUCCGUCUCUUCCUUGACCGAUCUGCUGACACGUUAAGAAUGACCUCACAGCUGCUUGCUUUUGUCUGUGACAGAAUUUUUUUCACUGACAGAUGGUUAUUGGGUCUUUUUUUCAGACUCUUGGUUUGGAGAAUCGGGAUCGAAAAGCCGUUACAUUGGAGUGAUGAUGUUGACUUUGACCCCCAGUAUAAUCGAAGAGCUAAGGAUGCGAGACCCGUCCUUCCCUGAUGUUUCUCAUGGAGUUCUCAUCCACCGUGUGAUUGUAGGAUCUCCAGCCAACAGAGCCGGAAUGAAGCCAGGAGAUGUUAUUAUUGAGAUCAAUGGGGUAAAGGUGAACACGUCGUAGGAGAUAUAUAAUGCUGUGAGGACCAGCAAAAGCUUAAAUGUGGUGGUCCGCCAGGUCCGACAUCAAGUCAAGUAUUUAGUAAGAUUAAGAAAUGGUGAGUAAUGAGAAGCUGUCAUAGUUGGAGAUGUUGUAAGAAAGGAAUCAUCUAAAGAGUUGAACAGUUUUAGCAAACGCUGGACAUUCGUGUAGUAAACGUGUUUCUGGAAGCGUAUGAAAUAAUGUGGAUGAUUCAGACUUCUGUACACUGGAUAAACCUCAGUGUGUCUGCGCAAACUACACUAUCAGUAUUGAUUUGAAGGAAUAUCACUGAAUAUUUUGUUUAGGAUUGUCAUGAUGGCAACAAACACUCAAAGACCUUAAUAAAACUGGGUGCUCUUAUUGUGAAAAUGCUGAUGUUUUGUAUUGAGUCUCACAUUCUCAUGUUACGACGUUUGUAUUUUAAUACAUUUUUCUGAACAGCUCUGAUUUCACAAUAAACCAUUGGAAUAUUUAUGGAU